AUGACGUUUGGUGUGAUGAGGUUUGCCUGGCUGGCCCAGUGGUGUAAAGCAGCAGGCAAUGAAGCGAAGGCGGUCACAAUGUCAGCUUUGGAGGAGCUGGCUCUCGGGCUGUGGUGUGGGAACUUUGCUGUUUUGGUGGAUGUUCAUAUUUUGCCUCAAGGCUCCAGUAAAGACACCAGCUGGUUUUCAGAUCAUGAGAAAGAGGAGCUCUGCAUGCUACUGGAGGAAGUUGUUGCUUCAAGGGUCAAACACUAUUUGGAAACACCUAAACAACGUGGUCAAUGGAAAUCAAUGGAACAUGAAUCAUCUGGUCCUCUGUUUCUUACUGCCAACAGUUUUCACAUUACUGCCUACUUUAUGAAGAGAUGGGUUAAUCUCCGUUGUGCUCUAGGGAAACGUUAUCGUGAACUACGUGUGUUUCCAGACAGAUUUAUAGUUUGUGUCAGUAAACUGGAAUCUAGUCCAAGUGCCUGGACAUGUGAAAAUGGUGUAUUGAAAGAAGAACUUUCCAGUGGGACGUCUGAAUAUUUUACUGAAUCUACUGAGAACAAGAGGCUUAAGAUUACUCUGAAUGACCAAAUAAAACAAGACAUCUUGAAAGAAAUUGUGAAAAGGACAAAACCACGGAAAACUAUCACAAGCAAAUCUCAAAUCAGCAAGGACUACAAGAAAGUAUAUCUUGGCUCCGUGGACUCCCAGAUGGGGAACAGAAAGAAUGACUGUCAAACUUCUCUCAGUCCUCCAUCUGAAGUGAAAUGUAGGACUACAGGACUGCUAAAGGACUGUAUAAAUACAGCUGAGAGCAACUCAGAGCUUCCUGCUUUAGAGCUGGGAAAUAAUGUUAAUCAGACACAGCCAGCUGAUACUAGCAGCCAGCAAAAACAUCACUCUGUGGAAAGGCUGAGAUCAAGUCUUCUAAGUGAGAACCCUCCUUGUAGCUCUGAGUCAGCACUGCUAGAUCCAAAACCAAGUCAAAAAGCAACCAAAACACAGGCUCUACAGAUCUGUGGUGCAGAAGAAAACUUAGAGUAUUUCCAAAAAGUAUUUUCUGAAGGGACUCCUUUGAUCCCUAGCAACACAGAAAUAAGUAAAAAAUAUGCUGGUUGUUUAGAUCCAUUCCUGGAGGAGACGACCUCAUUUAAUUCCAGGUUGUUCUCUAAACAAGAUGUGACAAAGACUGUAUCUAAUGAGGGCCCAUCAACUUUGAGCAAAACCCUUUCCCAGCCUCUUUCUGUGAGGAACAGUGGAGUGGAGAGAAGCCAAAAUGAGCCAGGAACAAAAACUGUGGAAUUGCCUGUGAUGCCAUCAUCUUGUUUAGAACUGCAGCUGGUGUCUUCAGAGAAGCUUGUCCAAAAAAGAAAAAAAGAAGCUGAAAAUGGCCUUAGGAAGUUAAAACUGCGAAGGCUUAAGAAGUCAUGA